AUGCUGCCUCCGUGGCCCACGGCAGCCCUAUGGGCGGCGCUGGCCGGGCUGACGUCGGGGCAGGACUGGAGGAAUCAAGUGAAUGUCUCUAUCUGCAAUUGGGCGCAGCUCCGAGCCAACACCGUUCGCGACAAGGUCUACCUCGACGGGGGAUAUUUAUGGCGCCAGGAAGGGUAUACGUCUGGGGCACCCCAAUUCACCAGCGAUGACAACCAAGAGGGCAGGUUAUAUUAUUUGAAUCUCUCCUCCACAUUCGACACGUCCUCCGAUAACCUCACCGCGCUGAUCGGGUCCAUACCCAAGGCCGGCUCGGCCGCCAACAAUCUGGCGCCGAACUAUCGCGACGGCGUGAUGUUUGCGAACGACGACCAAUUCUACCUAUACGGAGGCCUCCUCCGCGCCACGGACAGUCAAGACCCGCCGGCCGGAAAUCGGGUGUUGGGAUACGAGGCAUACCAGUACGGCCCCUAUCGCAGCUCGUGGCAGCCGGGAUUCUACGAAGAUCAACUCGAUAAUGAUGUCACUCGAUAUAUUACCCACGGCACCGGCGUUUCGGCCCCCAGCGAAAAUCUGGGGUUUUAUUUCAGCGGUAUGCACGGCGCAAAUUGGGGGCCCAUCGCCGACGAUGAGUCGGCCAACCGAUCGUCCGCUCGCAUGAUCAGCGUCGACAUGUCGGAGAUGCGCGGCAACGUGUGGUCGAACACCUCGCUACCUGACUAUGUGCCGGCACGAGCCAAUGCCGAGCUGGUCUGGCUGCCUGUGUCGGAUUCUGGCGCGCUGGUGGCCAUCGGAGGCGUCGUCAACCCGGAGUCCAUCUAUGGCGGCGACGGGCUCAGCAACUCCCAGAAGAACGCGAGUCGGCGCGCGAGUCCCGAGUUCAUGGAGACGGUUUCGGUGUACGACAUCGCAGAGAAGAAAUGGUAUGUCCAAGAGACAACGGGCGACAUCCCGCCGGCCCUGAGCCAGUUCUGCUCGGUCUAUGCCAGCGCAUCCGACGGUUCGUCCCAUAACAUCUAUAUCUACGGGGGCUACGACGGUCUCAGCACGGACAGCUCCCCAUCCGACGACGUUUACGUCUUGUCGCUGCCCUCCUUCGAGUGGAUUAAGCUGCUCAGCGGCCAGAGCAAACAUGGCCGUCGCGGCCACAAAUGCAUUAAGCCUUACCCCGACAAGAUGCUGGUUCUCGGGGGUGUCUACAAGACAGUCACCAACUGUCUCGACGGCGGGAUUGUGCAGGUAUUCAAUCUCAACACCGGCCGAUUCCAGGACAAGUAUGAUCCGAAGGACUGGAGCGAGUACAAAGUGCCGGAUCUGGUGACCGGCCGGAUCGGCGGAGACUCCAAAGGCGGCGCCAAAACGACGUCGCCAAAGUCCUGGACUAAUUCUUCGCUCGAGGGCGUGUUUUCAUCUAAGUACACCAAGACCGUCAAGACUUGGUACCCGUACAACAGCACCGAGAGCAGCAACCCCAGCCCGACCGUCUCCGUCGUCCCUGACAAGAAGUCCGGCUUCCCUGGGUGGGCCGGUGCCAUCAUCGGCGUGGUUCUCGGUCUUUUCCUGAUCGGCGGUGCCCUCGCGUUCUGGUGCUUCCGUCGGCGUCGCCGGGCCAAGGGCUCGCAACAGACGAGCGAGGAGUCGGGCAAGCGCUCACACAUUUUGCGCUGGAUGUACACCGGCUCGCCCGCCGUUGGGGAGGGAGCCAAGUCCAACGACACGACGACGGCGUCGGUCAGCUAUCGCACCUACCAACCGAACGACUCGAGCGUGGACCAGUCUGUGACGACGGCGGCAGGAGCAGCCUCACCCCGGACGAUCGAGGCAGGAAGUGAUCCGAUCUACGAAAUGCAUGACGAAAGCACCACGCCUCCUGUGGAGCUACCGACACCAUAUAACAGCAACCCUCUGCCCAGUCCGACUCCAAGCACCGGCAGCGGUUCGACCAGUUUCAUGUCGCCUGUCGCGUCGCCUAACCCGAGCCAGGAUAUCCAGGAGGCGGAUUCGCCGCCGGUGCGACCGGCGCAUCAUCGUCACAUCUCUAGCCUCUCGAGCGUGCGGUCUUUCUCCAUCGCGAACAUGAUCCACGAGGACGACGGCACGACACGACAUGCGCAUCGACCGAGCCAGGUGUCGGACGUCUCGGAGGUCAGCGUCAGCUCUGACGGGACGCGUGUGGGUGAGAACAGCGGGCAAUUAUCGAGCUCCGACGGAGAAUGGAGGCUGGAGUCGACGAGAGAGGUGGACGAGAGGGAUUACUUUAGCAACGGACGACCGUAA